GAACAAAGAACUACAACGCCCAGAAUGCAACGCUCACGAAGGGGCGGGCGGCCGGUUCAUUGUUGCCGGAAGUUCAUUGUUAAAGGGACCGAGCUCAUCUGUACCCCUGAUAGCACCAGAAGCUCCUCCAGGCUUUGCUGAGGCUGGCAGCCCAUACAGCUUCGGAGUCCUCAAAUCUUAAGCGUUAGUGUCUGGAUUCCUUUGCAGCUGCGGCUGAGGGCUCCAGGGAGACUGGUUGUUGGGUGCAGAGCGGUCCGAUGGAGGCUGGUCAGUCAGCUGUCCUGCCCGGUACAGGGGGCUGCGUGGAGGGGGGGUCAGCGCCUCUCUCUCCGGAGCUGGAGGCUGUGUUCCAGGGCUCCAGCCCUGCCUCCCUCUUCCUGCAGGGGGAGCUAGCGCUGAACGCCCGUCUGCGGGAGCUGUCGUUCGGAGCGCCCGUGGAGUACGUCUACAAUCCCCUGGAGUACGCCUGGGACACGCACCAGUGCUACGUCAACAAGUACUGCCAGAGGAGCAAAGAGGUGCUCUUCCUGGGCAUGAACCCAGGGCCCUUUGGCAUGGCACAGAACGGGGUCCCCUUCGGGGAGGCGAGCAUUGUCCGUGACUGGCUGCAGAUCAGUGGGAAGGUGGGUCGGCCUCCCUCCGAACACCCGAAGCGUCCGAUCCUGGGGCUGGAGUGCCAGCAGCGUGAGGUGAGCGGAGCCCGUUUCUGGGGCUUCUUCCGGAAGCUGUGCGGAGAGCCGGAGGUGUUCUUCCGCCGCUGUUUCGUCCACAACCUCUGCCCGCUGGCCUUCGUGAGCCAGACCGGCAGGAACCUGACCCCCGUCGACCUGCCCGCGGAGCAGAGAGACAAGCUGCUGAGGCUGUGUGACCUGGCGCUGUGCCAGGCUGUCCGAGCCCUGGGAGUCAGCACUGUGGUGGGGGUGGGCAGGCUGGCGGAGCAGCGCGCCCGCAGGGCUCUCUCCGAGGCAGGGGUGGAGGGGGUGAGGGUGGAGGGCAUCAUGCACCCCUCACCCAGGAACCCGCAGGCCAACAAGGGCUGGGAGGAGAUAGCCAGAGCUAAGCUGGAGGAAGUGGGAGUCCUAUCCCUGCUGAGUGAGUGACUGUGCCAUCAGCGAGAGGGCUGAGGAGACUGAUGCAAUGAAAAGACCAUUAGGAACUACUUCUGUAAGAACGAUACAAUGAAAUGCUCACCAGGGCGACAGCAAGGAGGGGGGCAGUCCUGUUUCUGGGGUAGAGCGCCCCCUAGCCUUCUCUUGGAGAAGCGCACCUUCCUGUGUUUAGUGAGUGUUUUGUGUUUGUGUUAGAGGGGGAUUGAAUUCAGAACUGCAGAAUUUGUGUUUGGUGGCUUAAUAGUCAGGGGGGUAUAACCUGGUGGUUGGAAGGAUGAGAUCAGGGUUCCAGACAAGCGGAGUGACUUUGAAUCAUUCUUUCUUUUUUUCUUUUUAAACAACUUUGAAUGUAAUUUUACAAGAUAUUUCUUUCUUUCUUUGUCUUUUUAAAAUGUAAUUUAAUAAUUUUACAGCAUUAAUUCAUUCGUUUAAUAUUUUUUAAUUGCAUAGCAUUAAUUCUCUCUCUCUUUCUCUCUUCCUUUCUCUCUUUCUCUCUCUUUUUUUCAAUAAUUGUAUGUGUUUUUUCUCAUGGCAUUCAUUGUUUAAGAGUCCAUCCUUGUAAUUUUCUUUGCAAUGAUUUUUCGUGCUGUUUGUUUGCAGUGUUAAUUGUUUGCUUGUUUCCUGUCACUGGGAGAGUUUCAGAACACUAAGUGCUUUCAGGGUCUGCCUUUUAAGAGCGGUCGAUAUUUCAGAUGGAUUUCACUCGUUCACACCCACAGACUUGUACAGAUACGCACUGAUACACACACACUGAUACACACACACACACACUGAUACACACACACUGAUACACACACACACUGAUACACACACACUGAUACACACACACUGAUACACACACACUGAUACACACACACACUGAUACACACACACACUGAUACACACACACUGAUACACACACACUGAUACACACACAAACACACUGAUACACACACACUGAUACACACACACACACACACUGAUACACACACACUGAUACACACACACACACACACACUGAUACACACACACACUGAUACACACACACACUGAUACACACACACACACGGGGCAUUGGGGUAGUAUUAAGAUAGUUAUAUUAUUAGUAUAGUAUUAGUGUAGUAUUAAUGUAAUAUUCGUAUAGUUUAGUGUUAGUGUUAGUGUUAGUAUAGUAUAGUAUUUGCAUAUUAUUAGUGUAGUAUUAGUGUAGUUUAGUGUUAGGGUUAGUAUAGUAUAGUAUUAGUAGAGUAUAACUCAUAGUUUAGCAUCAUGCCUGACUGUAGCCCAUGCUGUUAGUCCCUCAUCCUUCAUUAACACUAAAUAAAAAACCAAGCUCUAGAAUAACUUUAUCAUUGAAAAGCAUGAAGCAAAGAAGCCCUCUUCACUGGAGCCUGUGAAUCAGAGCUGAGGGCGAUCACAGUGUAACUGUGCAGCUCCUAAUCCACUGCACUCACAAUGUAACUGUGAUUAUCUCUGACUAUUAUUUAUAAUAAAUCAGGUAAACAUGUUAAUGUGGGUCAUGGUUUGUGCUGCUUUUUUAGUGUAAUUCUGUUUCUAAUUGACCUCAGGUUGUGAACAUUAUCAUAGAUCGUUGUGCUCGGCCACAUCAUAUAUGCAUUCAGAAAUCCGUAUUUAAAUGAGAAGCAAAAACGAUUCACAAUUGAUCAACUGACCAGUCAUUGUUUAACUGAGGCAAAACAAUCAAUACUUUGGUGCAUCUCGAAUUUCAAC